AUGACGACAAUGGCACUAUCCAAUAAGCGAGAUGCUUAAGUUCUUGGAUGCCUUAGCAUGAGAAUGAGCGUGAAUGAGGGUGAAUGGAAAAGCUCAGUGCACUUUCAACGGCCAUGGGCUGAACACGAAUUAUAUAUCGUAGACGCGUUUGUUAUCAUUUUGGUUGCCUUCAUCCACACCCACUGUACCGGCAUUGUGCGUUGAUUCCUAUCAUUAUAUUUAGUUUCUUUCGUUGCGUGUUUCAAACAAAUUGAUUAAAAUGUGGCUUACCGAUUGCCGUACGGUAGAUGACACGCUACAAACAGACCGAAUUUACGGAAGAUGAUUCAAGUUCAAUUGGUGGCAUACAACUAAACGAGGCAACGGGGCACACAGGCAUGCAGAUACGAUAUCAUACGGCGCGGGCCACAUGGAAUUGGCGUUCAAGGAAUAAAACAGAAAAAUGGCUCCUCAUUACGACCUUUGUGAUGACCUUGACAAUUUUCACUUUACUGAUUUUAUUAUUUUCGAAUGGAUCGCACGAAAAGACAAAACACGUCCUCCAUGUCCAGCCGCAUCAGAAAGAAUGUCCUUCAGGCAAUGAUCUUCCUUGUCUCAAUGAGCAUUGCAUAUUUGCAGCGAGUGAAAUUCUUAAAUCGAUUGAUGUCACUAUCGAUCCCUGUGAUGAUUUUUAUGGCUAUGCCUGUAAUCAAUGGAUUAAGAAAAAUCCUAUACCGGAGGGUAAAUCAACUUGGGGAACAUUUGGCAAACUCGAGCAAUCGAAUCAGCUGAUCAUACGCAAUGUCCUGGAGAAGCCAGCGAAAACUUUUACAUCGGAGGCCGAACGCAAGGCCAAAAUUUAUUAUGAAUCCUGUGUAGAUGUCGAUGAGCAUAUGGAAAAAUUAGGUGCCAAGCCGAUGAAUGAUUUGUUAGUUCAACUUGGCGGUUGGAAUGUAACAAAAAGUGGUUAUAAUUUAACCGAUUGGAAUUUGGGCAAAACUUUGAAAAUCUUGCACAACAAAUAUAACUUUAAUUGUCUUUUUGGCUGGGCCAUUGGCGAGGAUGAUAAAAAUUCAUCACGUCACGUUAUACAAAUUGAUCAGGGUGGCCUGACAUUGCCCACAGCGGAUUACUAUAACAACAAGACGGAUAUUCAUCGUAAAGUACUCAAUGAAUAUAUCGAAUACAUGACCAAAGUCUGUGUCCUAUUGGGUGGCAAUGAAACGGAUGCUCGUGCCCAAAUGAUUGGGGUAAUUAAUUUUGAAAAGAAACUUGCAAAUAUAACAAUACCAUUAGAGGAUCGACGCAAUGAGGAGGCAAUGUAUCAUCCGAUGACAUUGAUACAAUUGUAUAAACUGGCUCCGUUCAUCAAUUGGACGGAUCAUUUUGAUAAUGCCCUGCAAAUGGUUAAUCGACGUGUCACCGAUCAUGAGGUGGUUGUUGUCUAUGCUCCAGAAUUUCUAAAGAAUCUCUCGGACAUUAUUCUACAAAUGGAAAAGACUGAAGAAGGCCGAAUCACUUUGAACAACUAUUUGAUCUGGCAAGCGGUUCGUACAUUAACCAGUUGUCUAUCCAAACCCUUCCGUGAUGCCUAUAAGGGUGUGCGAAAGGCUCUAAUGGGAUCGGAUGGCGGUGAAGAGGUUUGGCGCUAUUGUGUCUCCGAUACCAAUAAUGUGGUUGGUUUUGCCGUUGGGGCCAUAUUCGUGCGGCAGGCAUUUCACGGUGAAUCCAAGCCGGCGGCAGAGCAAAUGAUUAGUGAGAUACGCGAAGCAUUUAAAUUGAAUCUUCAGAAUCUCACGUGGGUUGACAAGCAGACACGUGAGCGUGCCAUGGAGAAAGCCAAUGAAAUUUCCGAUAUGAUUGGUUUUCCCGAUUAUAUACUAAAUCCCGUCGAAUUGGAUCGAAAGUAUGCCGAUUUGAAUAUCACACCGGAUGCCUAUUUUGAGAAUAACAUUCAGGUGGCAAUAUAUAAUUUGAAAAGCAAUUUGAAGCGACUCGAUCAGCCGGUGAACAAGACCAAUUGGGGCAUGACACCGCAGACGGUUAAUGCCUAUUAUACACCAACUAAAAAUCAAAUUGUCUUCCCCGCUGGCAUUCUACAAACUCCGUUCUUUGAUAUUAACAAUCCCAAGAGCUUAAAUUUCGGCGCCAUGGGUGUAGUCAUGGGUCACGAAUUGACACAUGCCUUUGAUGAUCAAGGACGUGAGUAUGAUAAGUUUGGCAACAUCAAUCGAUGGUGGGAUCAAAAGAGUAUUGAGCGAUUCAAUGAGAAAUCCGAGUGCAUAGCCCGAGAAUAUACUGCAUAUAAAAUGAAUGGUCGCAAUCUUAAUGGAAAGCAGACACUGGGUGAGAAUAUAGCCGAUAACGGUGGCCUUAAAGCAGCAUAUCAUGCCUACCUGCGGACCAAAAAUGAGAAGGAAGCUGAUAUACUAAAAUUACCAGGCCUCAAUUUAACACAUUCGCAACUGUUCUUUGUAUCGUUUGCACAGGUUUGGUGCUCGAGCAAUACUGAUGAAACGAAUUUGCUACAAAUGGAAAAGGAUCCACAUUCACCAUCACAAUUUCGUGUGAUUGGUACCCUAUCAAAUAUGAAUGAAUUUUCCGAGGUAUUUAAAUGCAAACCUGGCAAACGCAUGAAUCCGACCAAAAAGUGUGAAGUUUGGUAAAUACCACAACAACAGCAAAAACACACGCACACAGAAAUAAAAAAUUUAAGAUCUCCACCAUCAAUAUAAACUAACAAGAAAAUGAGGCAACCCACAAUGAAAGCCUUGAACAAAAUAAGCAUAAUGAACUAAAUAAUGCAUUAUAUUAUAUGUGUUUGUCUAUGAAGAAAUUACUUUAAAAAAAUUACCAAAAACAAAAGGAACAAAACAAAUAUACUUAGCCUAAUUUUAAUACUAAUUUGUUUCAUACAAAUCCCCCGCCCCUUUCCCACUCCUAUAUUGUACACUUCAUUAAUUGGUGCCUAUGAAUUUGAUAAAAAUUGUCGAGAAAAAUGUAUUUAAUUACUACUUAAAAUAUAUAUACUACAUGCUUUUAUGUAUGUGAGGCUGGACUUCAAUUGAUUGAGCUACAGUCAGUCCAGUAAUUGCCAAAAUUCCUCGAAAACAAAAACAAAAACAAAAAAUGAAGAAAAAUGAAAACUUUCCAAAAAUAUUUGCAUAAUUUUUGUGAAAUUAUUGAAUACUAUACAAAUAGUUUACAUAGAAAGUAUUACUGGCUGAAAGAUAUUUUAUUUUAAA